AUGACUUCCAUUCCGACGUCUACCAAGGCUUGGAUUGUUGCGAAUUACCCAAGAGGCCUUCCAACCUUCACUACCGCGGACGACAGCAAUGCCACUUUCAAACUUGUUGAGCGGCCGCUGCCCCCGCUGGGCCCUGACCAAGUUUUGCUGAAGACGCUCUACCUAUCCAACGAUCCAGCACAACGGACAUUCAUUGAGCCGACCAUCCCACAAGAACGUAUGUAUGCGCCACGUACGCAGCUCAACAACUUUAUGCUCGCUUUAGGGCUGGGAGAAGUCAUUGCGUCGACCUCUGAGAGUCUACCAAAGGGUACCAUUGUCGUCACUUUCCAGGAAGCCUGGGCAGAGUAUGUCGUGGUGAAUGCCGCUGAUUGUCAAGCUCGAGGACCGCUGCCCAAUGGUUUGAGCAUAACGCACUACCUGGGUGCUUUUGGGGGCCCCGGUCUCACCGCAUACUAUGGUCUCGUCAAUGUGGGAGAGACGAAGAAAGGCAUGAGAGUCGUCGUUUCCGGUGCAGCAGGCGCUGUGGGCAACAUGGUGGUGCAGAUUGCAAAAAAUAUUAUCGGCUGCUCACAAGUCAUCGGAAUUGCCGGCACAGACGAGAAAUGCCGCUGGGUCGAAAGUCUCGGUGCGGACGUUUGCGUAAACUACCGCAGCUCUACCUUUGAACAAGAUCUUAUCAAGGCGACUGAUGGGUUCGUGGAUGUGUUUUUUGACAACGUCGGUGGUCACAUUCUGGACCUAAUGCUUUCGCGGCUCAAACCACGCGGCGUCGCUGUAGCAUGCGGCUCUAUCUCCAUGUACAACUCUCAAGAACCCACCGUGCUCAAGAACUACUUCCAAGUCAUCACCAUGCGCCUUUCGAUCCGCGGUUUCUUGUUCAUGGACUAUGCCUCUAACACCCAGGAGAUCCUAGAUCUCUUUGCCCGCACCGUGCAGGAAGGUAAACUCAAGGUUACCAAUGAGCAGGUUGUCGAUACCAAAUUUGAAGAUAUCCCCAAGGUGUGGUUGAAGCUGUUUGAGGGUGAGAAUACUGGAAAACUGGUCACCAAGCUGGUCUGA